GAGUUCAAUAAAUUCACAACAAAUAUCUCUACAAAAUGGUUUGCAAAGGCUGCGGAACUAACUGCAAGUGCACGGACACCAAGUGCGGCGACAAUUGUGCCUGCAGUCAGGAGUGCAAGUGCGUGUGCAAGAACGGACCCAAGGAUCAGUGCUGCAAGACCAAGUAGUCGAACCGAUGGAUCGUUUGAAAAC